CUUCUUCUCUCUCUCCAAGCCGCUUCUUUCCUACAUCUCCAAAGUUGCUGGGCACUUCCUCUCCUUUAUCGCGUUUCUCGAUACAUUCAGCAUUCGCUUCUUUCGCUCUUGUAUCUUCCAUUCCUUCGCCGCGGCAGACUUCUCAACGGUGCUCCGGUAUCACCACUUGCAACUUUUACAACCCGUCCUAGCGACAUUGCACAGCUCGUCGAAAGCAUAUACUUCAAGAUGAAGUUCACCAACUCUGCGGCCGCCGUUGCCGCCAUGGCUGGCGUUGCCGCCGCUGCCAAGGACAGCCGAACCUUUGCUGUGCUGCGAUUCACCAACAAGGGCCUGGUCACCACCCGUGCUGACCCCAUCGUCAGCCCCGGCGUCGCCUCUUCCCACGUCCACAACGUCCUGGGUGGCAGCGCCUUCAGCCUCACCUCCACCGGCGAGGACCUGAUCAAGUCCAACUGCAGUACCGCCCUGGUCAAGGGUGACUACAGCAACUACUGGUACCCUACCCUCUACUUCCACGACCCCGCGACGGGCAACUUCGAGUACGUCGACGUCUACUACACCAACGUCUACUACUUCUUCGAGGCCACCAACGACGACAUCAAGGCCUUCCCCACGGGUCUGCAGAUGCUGGCCGGUGACGCCAUGCAGCGCACUCCUCCCGCCACCGGCGGUGACCAGCUCGACCCGUCCAAGGGCCCCAUCAACCAGGUCCAGUUCACCUGCCCCCGAUCCAGCUACAACCCGCCUUCAUACCCCGUCGGCUCCGACGGCACCAAGGCCGGCAUGGUCGACCCCAACAACCAGGGCGCCGGUGUUGGCUUCCCCGAUGUCACCUGCGACGGCCUGUACUCUCCUCUCCGUCUCGACAUCCACUUCCCCUCUUGCUACAACCCCGCCGCCGGCCUCACCAACUACAAGGAGAACAUGGCCUUCCCCACCGACGCCGGCAACGGCAAGCAGGACUGCCCCAAGGGCUGGAUUCACACUCCUCACAUCUUCUUCGAGGUCUACUACGACACCCAGCCCUACAAGGGCCGCUGGACCGAGAACCAGGGAACCCAGCCCUUUGUCCUCUCCACCGGUGAUGUGACUGGCUACAGUGGCCACGCUGACUUCAUGGCUGGCUGGGACGAGGACCUCCUCCAGCACAUCAUCGACACCUGCAACGCUGGUGACUCCGGCAUGGACCAGUGCCCCGGUCUCUUCUACGGCCUCAACAGCGGCGACUGCACCAUUGAGCCCCUGGUUGACGAGCAGGUCACCGGCACCCUCACCAAGCUGCCCGGCAACAACCCCCUGAGCGGCUUCAGCUUCGGCGCUGCCCCUGGCAUGACCACCGGCUCUGGCUCUUCCGGAACCAACAACAACGCCGCCGUCUCUCCCAGUAAGCCUGCCGCCUCCCCUUCCGCCAGCAAGGCCGCCUCUUCUUCCUCCCCCGCCAAGACCCCCGCCAGCUCCCCCAGCAAGCCCGCUGCUGCCCAGCCCACCACCAAGGUUGCUGACUCCGGCUCCAAGACCAUCGAGUCUAAGCCCCCUGCGGCUUCCCAGCCCGCUGCCGGUGCCCCUGGCAAUGAUGAUGCUCAGUGCAGCUCUGCCAACGUCCGCACCGUCACACAGACCGUCACCGUCACUGCUGGCUCUCCUGCCGCCACUGGUGCUGCUGCUUCCUCUGGCACCAAGGACAACUCGGCUGCCUCCACUGUCGGUGGCUACACCUACGCCGGCUGCUACCAGGACAACAUUGGCCGUGUUCUCAGCGGUGAUGUCCUGCCCGACCUUGGUCCCAUGACCAACGAGAAGUGCGUUGCCAACUGCGUUAGCAAGGGCUUCUCUCUCGCUGCUACCGAGUACGGUGGCCAGUGCUACUGCGGUAACGAGCUCGUUGGCUCUGCCAAGCUCGCCGACUCCCAGUGCAGCACCGCCUGCGAGGGCGCCAAGGACGAGGUCUGCGGUGGAAGCUGGGCCAUCAGCGUCUACAGCAAGACCGGCGCUGUCAGCAUGAAGGCUGCCAAGGCCCGCCGCUCUGAGCACGCCCACCGCCACCGCAGCCAGCGCAACUAAGCUUUGUCUUUGGCUAUUCCGGCGUACAUGG